AUGUCGCUGAGAACGCAAUUUAUAAAAUCCACAUUAUGCGUCAUUUUAUACAUUGCUGUUUGUACUCUUUUAUUAAAAAUAAGACAACAAUUGUAUUCAGUCUCUUUUCUUAAAAGUAAUCAGUCAGCAGAAAACUGUUCCGUUGUGUCACAAGCAAUUACAAAACCGAUCGGUUUAGAAACAAAACUUCUAGAGUAUGAUGAAAUGCAGGAAAGUCUAUUGUUACUGCAACAAAUUUCAAAUACAUGUAAUAAAUAUAAUUUAAAAACUCCAUUAAUAAGAAGACAUUUUUUGUACAAUUCUAAACAACAAUCAAUAUAUUGUUGGAUUCGUAAAGCAGCUUCAACGAGUUUCACGAAAUUGUUUUCAGAUAUGAAAAACCGCCGAGUUAUGCGUAAUUAUUACAGAGAAGUUGAUAUUUUGGCACCAGAAACUCUGAAGGAACUAUACUAUAUCGCCAACGAUCCAAAGGUAUUUAAACUUUUAAUUGUGCGUCAUCCGUUUCAAAGGCUUGUAUCGUCAUACAGAGAUCGCAUAGAAGAUAAUUCGAAACACACAGCACAAGCUUGGAUGUAUACGAAGCAGAUUUUUCAUCUUACAAGACCUGCGCUUUUUCAUUCUAAUAUAACAACUGGAAAUUUUCAGCAAAAAGUAUUUACAACUGAUAAAAGAUUAAAAUUGGUACCAACUUUCAAAGAGUUCUUGCUAUGGCUUCUACAAAGUUCUGAUCAAGAUGAUGUUCAUUGGGAUCGUUAUAACACACACUGUGGAGUGUGCAAUAUACGAUAUAGUUAUAUUUUAAAGUUGGACGAUUAUACUUACGAUCAAAUUACUUAUAUUUUUUCAAAAUUUAGACUGGACAAAAAUAAGGUAUAUUUAUCACAAUUGGAACAAACGCGCGGUGGACAUACAAAUUUUGAUACAACAUGUAAAUAUUUUGCGAAUUUGACGCAAGAUAUAAUUUUAAGAUUGUACGGGAGAUAUAAAAUCGACUUUGAAAUGUUCAAUUACAAUUUGAACCAAUAUUUAUUU